CUGGAAAAGAAAUAGAAAAAUGAAUAAUAAAAAGCCUUAUUGCAGCUCAUCUUUCCCUUGUAUUUCCUCUUUAACAAUCUUUAUCUUUUUCUCUUGUGUCUCCCUCUUGUUGGCUCUCUCUGCUGGUAUUCUCUUCCCAACAGCUUGAUUCUUUACCAUAUGUUUCCAAAAUAAUAACUCAUCAAACUUUUGCAAAAGAUAUAAAGCUACCGCGAUUUUAAGCCAUGGCCUUCUCAUCUUCUGUUCCAGUUUAUAACUUCGAUCAACACCAGAAUUGGCAUCAUCAGUUGCAGCAACAGCAGUCGCAUAAUAAUCAUCAGCUUCAAGUAGUCCAUCAAAAUCCUCAGCUUUUGCCGCCUCUGGAGCCUCAAGUUGACUCUUCAGGGUUUAUAAAACCGGGUUCCACAGUUGACCGAGCCCGGCUAGCUAAGAUACCUCUCCCAGAAGCAGGAGUAAACUGUCCGCGUUGUGAUUCAACACAAACCAAGUUUUGUUACUUUAACAACUAUAGCCUUACUCAGCCACGCCACUUUUGUAAGACUUGUCGGCGUUACUGGACCCGUGGAGGUGCUCUAAGGAGUGUUCCUGUUGGCGGAGGCUGCAGGAGAAACAAAAGGAGCAAAAGUAAGAGCACAAAAUCACUAGACAAUAUCACCACAAACAGCAACCAGAAAGAGGCUAAUAAUAACAAUACCCAAAGCCCGUCAAGCUCGGCUGACCAGGUGGUGGCUAAUCAUUUCAACCCCUUCUCGUCACAACAACCUCUUAAUCUGGCUGCUUUACAUGAUCUCAACAAUCACUACGGAGCUGCAGCUGGAAGUACUUCAUCCUAUGGUGGAUUCAAGACGGGCCUGUCCGAUAUGCGUUUUCAAUUAGGUCACCAUACUCCUUCAAGUGUAAGCAGCAGUAUUUUAACUGGUAAAGGGGGUCAAGGAUGGAGAUUACCUAUCUUAAGUGGCUUUGAACAAGCACCUGGCUCGAAUCUAUUUUCGUAUCAAGGACAAGCAAGUGAAGGAGCUUCUGCAGGUCUGGUGAAGGUUGAAGAGGCUGGAAGAGGAUUGAAUUUGUCAAGGCAGCUUUUGAAUAUUUCGAAUCAGAACAAUAGUAACCAUAAUGAGAGUAAUCAGUACUGGGGUAGUACUAGAGGUGGAAACUCAUGGACUACAGAUUUCACCUCUCAGGUUACCAACACUUCUUCCCCUACUCCUUUUCUGUAACUUGAGAUCUGAUUCCAUCUUAUUGAAAUGGAGAUCUCCUUGAAGCUUCCGUUCUUUGCGCGCUGUGUGGUAUAAAAGAGACUUGAUACAAAGCCAGGUAAAGAUGAAAGUUUCAUGAAUCUAGAGUUAAGAGAUUGAUUGAUGAUUCACACAAUAUAUCGCAUAUAAUUAGGGUUAGCCCUUGCGGUGAUACCUGUUAUUUUGUUUAUGUUUAAUGAUUUUCUUUUCCUUGAAAUACCUCUUCGGAGUGUGCUUGUAGCUUCUGAGUUUGUUUAUGUUUGAUCAAGCUUGUUUAUUAGAUGUGUGCAACUAAUUAGCUCUAUGAUGGUUGUGAACUGGUCUUAUUAGUGAUCCCUUGUAACUUGUUUUAUGAAAAAACUUUACAUUUGUUUAA